GCUCCCUUCCCCUGCUCCUGUAGCGCGCCCAGAGUCCGGCGGUGCGCAGACCGUGCCCUGCCCGUUUAGGGGAGUCCUCCCUUUGUCACGGCGCGUCCGCGAGCAUCUCUCCUGGCAGCAAAGGCAGGAGUGGUAGCAGGAAAGGGGGCGCUAGGCCGUGCAGAAGCAAAUGGGCUGCAGAACGGUGACCCUGUCGCUGACACCAAGGCAGGAGGUCGGAGCCCCGGACUCGGGGCUGGGCCAGAGGACACCGCGCCGGCGUCCUGGGGGACGGCUAGGCGCGUGAGGGCGAGGUCGUUGGAGAGAUUCAGGGCAUUCCUCCCAGACCGCAGGUGCCGUCGGGGACUUCGGGGUCCCCUCGGAGCUCCGGGCACUUGGCUUGAGCAUUUCACAGGUUUCCCAUCGCCAUCCAGCCCCUCAAAGCCGGCAGGAUUGAAGAACGGCUUCAGCCAAAUGUUCUCUUCCUUCUGAGGAGAGGGGUAGAGCCCGUCAGCCGGAGGCGACUCGAGAGGGAUGGCCCGGCCCUUGAGGGGUGGAAGGAGCAGAGGCUGAAGAGGGCGGCGGGAGCGGGGAGCGCCCUCCUUGACUAUCAGAUGCCUCCUGUGUUUCCAUCUCUGCCGAGUGGGCUUGGCGGCACUGACUACCCGAGAGGAGGGACGGACGCGGCUCGGCGGGCUCUGACCGUGCCGCCUCCAUGUGGCUGCUGACGGGGACCCAGGGGGGAACCGGCUUGGGGCGCAGCCUCGCCCUCCUCCCUCCCCGCCUCCCAGGCUCCGGGGCUGGCGAUGUGGAGACGUGAGGGGACCCGCGGCUGCCCCGGGUUCUCCAGGACUCCACCAGGCGCCCGCGCGUUCCACCGCACCCGGGGCAGGAGCGAUCCAGGCGGAGCUCCGUGGUGGGCGGACGGGCUGGCGACGAGCGGAGCCGGAACCCCUUCCUCGCCAUGGGGCACAACGGCAGCUGGAUCUCCCGGAACGCCAGCGAGCAGCGCAACGCGUCGGGCGCGGAGGCUGGGGGCGCCAACCGCAGCGCGCUCGGGGAGUUCGGCGAGGCUCAGCUGUACCGCCAGUUCACCACCACCGUGCAGGUCGUCAUCUUCAUAGGCUCGCUGCUCGGAAACUUCAUGGUGUUAUGGUCAACUUGCCGCACAACCGUGUUCAAAUCUGUCACCAACAGGUUCAUUAACAACCUGGCCUGCUCCGGGAUUUGUGCCAGCCUGGUCUGCGUGCCCUUUGACAUCGUCCUCAGCACCAGUCCUCACUGCUGCUGGUGGAUCUACACCAUGCUCUUCUGCAAGGGCGUCAAAUUUUUGCACAAAGUCUUCUGCUCUGUGACUAUUCUCAGCUUCCCUGCCAUUGCCUUGGACAGGUACUACUCAGUCCUUUAUCCACUGGAGAGAAAAAUAUCUGAUGCCAAGUCCCGUGAACUGGUGAUGUAUAUCUGGGCCCACGCAGUGGUGGCCAGCGUGCCCGUGUUUGCAGUGACCAACGUGGCCGACAUCUAUGCCACGUCCACCUGCACCGAAGUCUGGAGCAACUCGCUGGGCCACCUGGUGUACGUGCUGACCUAUAACGUCACUACGGUCAUCGUGCCUGUGGCCGUGGUCUUCCUCUUCUUGAUACUCAUCCGCCGGGCGCUGAGCGCCAGCCAGAAGAAGAAGGUGAUCAUCGCGGCCCUGCGGACCCCACAGAACACCAUCUCUAUCCCCUAUGCGUCCCAGCGGGAGGCGGAGCUGCACGCCACGCUGCUCUCCAUGGUGACGGUCUUCAUCUUAUGUAGCGUGCCCUACGCCACCCUGGUCGUCUACCAGACCGUGCUCAAUGUCCCCGACACGUCUGUCUUCUUGCUGCUCACUGCCAUUUGGCUGCCCAAGGUGUCUCUGUUGGCCAACCCUGUGCUCUUUCUUACUGUGAACAAGUCCGUCCGCAAGUGCUUGGUAGGGACGUUGGUACAGUUGCAUCACCGCUACAGCCGCCGGAACGUGGUGAGCGCGGGGGGCGGGGUGGCUGACGCCAGCCUGGAGCCCAGCCUGCGCUCGGGAAGCCAGCUCCUGGAGAUGUUCCACAUCGGGCAGCAGCAGAUCUUUAAGCCCACAGAGGAUGAGGAAGAGAGCGAGGCCAAGUACACCGGGUCAGCUGACCUCCAGGCCAAGGAGAUGGGCAGUCCCUGCCUGGAGGGAGAGCGGGGACCGCAGCGCGCACCUGCGGCCCCUCUCCUGGGCACCGUGGACUCGCUCUCCCAGGUGGCGCCAGCAGCGCCCAUGGAGCCUGAGACGCUGCCUGACAAGUACUCCCUGCAGUUUGGCUUUGGGCCUUUUGAGUUGCCACCUCAGUGGCUCUCAGAGACCCGACACAGCAAGAAGCGACUGCUUCCCCCCUUGGGGAACACCCCAGAGGAGCUUAUUCAGACAAAAAUGCCCAAGGUGGGCAGGGUGGAGCGGAAGGUGAGCAGGAACAAUAAAGUGAGCAUUUUUCCGAAGGUGGAUUCCUAGUCAGGAUUGUCGGGCUCCCACACGCCUGCCUUCCCUUCCCCUUUCAGGCCCCAGGAUUUGUGGGACCUCACUGCCACCAAGUCCGGGUUGCCUCCUCCAGUGCGGGCCCAAUGCUUUUUGAACGAGAGGGAAAUCUGUAGAAGACCAAUUGUCCUCUUUAUUGAGGGAGUAUAUAUAUUUAUCUCCAUGAUCUGUGUCCUUAGCGAAGUGUGCGUUCCUCUCUGUGCAGACAACAGCUGGGCAGCGUGCAAUGGGUCUUGGGAUGAGUACUCCAUGUGCAGUUUCUGAGGACUCUUUGGUUCCUGGGCCCAGCAGAGAGUACAGGGGGAGAAGAACAUCUAUGAGCUCGGAGGGAACAGAGGCACUCUAAAGGAAGCCCAAGAUAAUUAUGGAGUGGUGUGGCCACAAAGAAAAGGCCUAUUCGAUUGACUCAAAUAGGACAGAUAUUUAAACACGUUUCAUAUUGAUCUGUACCUUCAGGGGAGAUACGGAGUUGGCAUUUGACACCUUUUCUCUGGAAGGCCUGAUAGUGUGACUCAGUUUCUCCCGAAGCUCUUCAUCUCUUUCACUGGGAUGUAGAUGAAGAAAGGCACUUCCACCCCCGUUUGACAGACAAGGCGGUAGAUGUGCCCCGGGGAUGAGGGAGGAGAUACUCUGUCUUGAUUAUCCUGACGCUCUCCUGGCACCACUGAAAGCCUCAGAAAGCUUUGUCUGCAGUGUUGGUUGGAGAAGACUACAAAUGCUUUACUAUGUCUUUGCCCCUUAAAUUGCAUUUUUUCAACCAGUGAGAGAGAAGCUAAGAGGUAGAGAAGAAAGAAAUGUCCAUACCCUGUAGUCUCUUCUCUUCCAACGUUGAUUUCACGUGAAAGGGGCUAUGUCACCAUCAGUAGGAGUGAAUUAUGUUGAAAAAAAAUUAUGCGAACUUUUGAAAUUAAAAGGUGAUUUUAAAAUGCAGAGUUAGUGUAAAUUGGGUCCUCUGGAAACAUCACGCAAAAAAUACUUGAUUAGGAAAGGUGAUGCUGCCCAAAAGAGUGAGAGAAGUCAAAGAUGGCUUUCUUCUGAUGAGGACUUCAGAUGCCAGGUGUGGCCAGCCUCAUUUUCAGUCUCUUUUUGCAACUAUGGUUCUCCCUUCAUUUUGGAUACAAAGGAGGAAGAGGACAGGAAGAAAGAUUUAAUCAUUUAAAAAUGCUGAGGCAGCACCUAGCCCAGGGGAGCCCUUCACUUCCUCUUAUCUGGUAAAGUUUUAGCAGGAGUCAGAGUGGGUAGAGGAGGAAGACAGUGUCCUCAACAGAUUAGCCUCCUGGGGGUGGGGUGGGGGCUCUCAAGCAAUUCCAGUCCACUUUGGGGUGGAUCUCACCAGGCUAAACUCAAACCAUUGAUGACACUUCACUUUUAAUGACGGCAAAACAAGGGCCCACUCCACUCUUCUCUCUAGGACAUUUUGUUCUUGUUAGUAGUGUGUUGGGGGGGCAAUCCAGUGCCUUGAGCAAGCUUGAGUGAAAGUGGUCAUUCUCGCGGGCAAACUUCCUUCCGCAUCCCAAAGGCAGUGGUCCUCAUGGAUCACUUCCUUUAACCGCACUGGCCCAUUGUCCUUCCAAGGAAGCUUAGACUAUGUGCAGGGAGUUUCCUUUUCCUGUUCUCUUCCUGGGUGUGGUGUCUUGUGAUUCCAGAAUAUAAACUCAAAGUCCCUUCCCUAAGAGAGGGAAAACCUUUCUCUUCGCAUUGUGUCUCCUUGCAGUGUUGUGUGCUCUCAGCACAAAUGGGGGACUGCCAUACCCUCUCUUGGCGUCCCCCGCCUCCUGGGCCCUUCGUGCAUGCCACCUGUGGCUCUGUGCCCUGAUAGUUCACUGUGGCCCUUCAAGCUUAUCUUCCAGAACCUUCAUAAUUGUUACAACGUUCCUCCAGGGGAAACAUCAUCUGUCAGAAAAUUGUGUCUACUUUAGAAGAACCUGUCAAAUGUAGCCACUUUGGUGGUGUUCUGAAAAUAUAUAUGUACAUCUUAAUACAUUCUGGUGAGACAGAAUUUGGGAGUUAUUUCUUAUGUAUGUUUGAAGCAGAUGGUUGACUUCUAACAGGUCAUUGCCAGGUGUAUUUCUCUAGUCUUUGAAGAAUUCCAUUUUAAUAAAAAACUGAAAAGCUGUUUCUGAA